UAUGUCCUCUUUGACCUCUUUUCUACCAACAAGGGUGUUGACUUCAAUCCCAGAAUUUGUGUGAGCAACCCCUUGAAGAGAAGGCGCGAUUUUCCCGCACAUCUGAGAAGGGAAAAUGCGCCCAUGUCAUCCCAAACAGAUAGCCCUACCGCAAUUCCCUCUGGGUUCCCAUCUCUCAACGCUACGGAAGUUCUGAUCAUGUCAAGUGGGACUUUGAUAGGGACUGCCUUCGACAUACGAGAAUUUGGCCUCGCGUGCACCUCAACUUCUGCAAUACCGUCUUUCACCGCGUCGGUAUCGUCCGUUUCAACUACCGUAUCUUCGUCAGCGUCAACCAAAUCACCAGCUUCAUCGGCCUCUCAAGUAUCAUCGACCACGGCAACUCCGAUCACAUCUUCUACAUCGUUGAGCAUACCUCCCACACCGACGUAUAAACCUGUAGAAGGCCCCCUAUCAUGCAAUAAGGACAAGAUGAGCACGUGCCAACAGGGAUCUGUCAAACCAAACCAUGUCGACGAAGCCGCCAAGGACACAUGUACACAACUGCAAAACAUCGACUUCUAUCCUAAUAAUACACGAAUCAACGGUUACAGGGCAUAUGAAGGAGUGAGCUAUAACUUCUUCGUUGAGUGGGACAUGGGAUGUAUGAAUGAGCCUAGACACCACUUCGAUGAUAAUCUUGCAGUCUGUAAGGACAUGUUCAAAGCCAUGGUGUUCAACUGCCCAACUAAUCACGGCAGCGGUGGAAACCACACGGAAGGGUGUGUACGACUUGGAUUUGAGCCCACGUGUACGGACUCCCCGCCACCGAAGAUUACCGAAGGCCCACUGGUGUGUAACGAGAAGAGAACUUGCCCCACCGAUGCCCAAAGCGAGUCUGUAGACUACGUCGCACGGUCAUUGUGCGACUCGAACUACAAGAAUAAUGAGCUGUUCACACCCAAGGAUGGACGAUGGGAGGGCAAGACAACCAGAACUACUGCAUGGGGUGCUCCGACCCUAUAUAACGCUUACAUGGAGUGGGACACAAGCUGUACCGCUGAAACAGAGCAUAAACUUGACGGGGAUCCCGAGCACUGCAUGGAGAUGCUGACGGCGCCUUAUCAUAACUGCCCAAACGGGGGAUUUGGUGAAUGACUACUUCCUUCCCCUUCAGCGGCUUAAUCUUAUCUAAUCAUGUAUUAUUGUAGGUGGCUACCACUUAGAAGGCUGUGUUAAAUUCG